GUUGGUUCAUCGAGAGGCAACGGUCGCUGAUGGAAUGUACAAGUUGGCGACAACUUUGAAUUUGUUUAAAACGGCUCCGACGUGCGAACGUCAGAUGCGGAUCGGAACGCGAAUGAACAGAUUCUUCUGGAUGCUCUUUCAGCGAAGCAGCGUGUACAUGUUGAAAUUACACACGAUUCAGGAGUUGGUGAGGAAACGGUUUCCUUGUUUUCAAACGAUCGUCGCUCACAGAGCGGUCGGUUGUUGCUCGUUGCAACACUGUUGCAUAUUUGUAAUGCUAGUUUUAUGACAGUGUGGUAUCCCGUGUCAGUCUAAUAAUAAUCUCUACGAUGCUCAUUACAUAUUGUUUACAAUGCGCGAGAUACGUGAAUGCAACAACAAUGGGGCGGGGAGGUUAACACCUUGCAUAUGCCAGCAAGUAAUGCUGUGAUUGAAAACCUUCUAUAAUAAUUAAUGCACAAAUUGUGUGAAUACUGGUCUGUCAAUAAUAUAUCCCGUAAGAAUGAGCGGGGAGGCAGAGUAUAAUGUCGCUGCUAGGUACAGAACAGUCAGGAAACAUCUGGACAACUUGGGGUACAAGCAAGCAUUAUCGUUAGACGCUUUGCCCCUGAUAGAGACUUUGCUAGCUGAUCUUAUUCAAACUACUGACAGUCUCAAGCAUUUUAAAUCCAUUGCUCAAGAAAACGUCGAGGCAUGCAGCCAACUGCAACUGGCAAUUGAUCCUUACAAGUGUGAUAAUGCAAGAUUAGUGAGGGAGUGCAACCAGCUUCAUGCAGAUCUGAUAGAGGCUAAAGAGACGCAUCAGAAACAAGUCAAGGAACUCAAGAAGCAGAUACACAAGUUAGAGUGCGAGUGCAAUGAUCUGCAGUUGGCAUCCUCGCGUAACAUACAUAAAAUAAAGGAGUUGGAAAGCGAGUCAGCAGCCAAGUCUAAGAAGAUACUGGAGCUGCAGGGCAAAUGUUUGAAGCCAACUAUUACUAAUGCUGGACUAGCUGCUAAGAAGCGUCCCAGCUUUCCUCUCCGAAGGCCAGUGUUAGAGUCUGAGCCAAUGCCGAGGGCAAAGAGCGGCAGUGCGCUACCAAGAUUGAGCAGCAUGGAGCCGAAGGUAAUAGACAUGAUAAGCAUGGCAGAUCACAAAAUAGGCAGUUUAAGUCACGAGGUAACGAAAUUAAGAGGGGAACUAUUACUGCAGACUGACACAGUACAGACCCUUGAGAAACAGUUAACCACGAAAGAAAAAGAAAUGAAUCGGCUGAGAAAGAUGUUGGAGGGCGGUCGUUCCUAUGCCGCAGUUAGCAAGGAUUGCGUUUGCAAAAAGUUGGAGAAGAAAGCUGGCGCUACGCAUGAUGUUAUGGAAGUUAACGAGAUGAGAAUCCUUCAGCAAACCAAAUUGGAAUUGGAACAGCAGCUGAAAGAAGCUCUAAAUAAACAACAUGAUGCUAUGUCUCAGGCGAUGAAACUAGCAGCGCGAAAUGAGGAGCUAGAGAAAGAAUUGAGAGACAUAGAUCACGUUGCGUUAGCUGUAGAAGCCGACUGCAAUUCUGCGGUUAAAGAGAAUAACAGGAGAGUCUGCAGGCUUCAGGAGAAAUUGGAGGACGUGAUGACGCAGGUGCACGUUUUAGAGCGCGAGUUGACUGUAGAGCGGAGAGAAGUGCAGGAGUUGAGGGCGGAUCUCGAAGCGUGCAGGCUUGAGAAACGUAACAUCCAACGCACCUUGGAAUCCACGUUAGACGAAAAGAAACAGAUGACCGACAGGAUCAAUCAACUAACAAUCAUCGAGAAAAAUUUAAACGAUGAGAUAGGAAGACUGACCAGAGAAAAUGAAAGCCGUACACAAGCGUCCAAGAACCACCUAGGCGAAAAAUACGGCGUGGAUCACCAGACGAUGGCUAAAGACGUGGAAAUUACGAAAGACGCGACCAACCUCGACAUGCAGAGACGGAUCGACGAAGCGAAUCUGCAAAUCGCAUCUCUGCAACAGUCGAUACAACGAUUAGAGGCGGAACGGGAUCAUUAUAGGAAGGAGUACAUCAACUGUCGAGAAGAGCAGCGCAGAGUGUCCGAGAAAGAUAACGUCGAGCUAUGGACACGGAUUUGCGAAUUGAAGCGCGAGUUGGGCAACAAGGAACAAGCGUUGAGCGAAGCGCAACGUCAACAAGAGGAAUUGUAUCACGAAAAGGAGGAUUUGGAGGUGCGAUUGCGAACCUACAAAGGUCAACAGAGGCAGGCAUGUGUUCCUUGCAGAUCAUGCAGCCUGUGCAAGCCUGUUCGUAUUUGCACCUGCUCGACCGGCCCGUCGAUAGCUACUGGAGAUAUUAGCACGACGAAGACGAUGUUUGAACGUCUGGAACGAGAACGGGAUACAGCCAGGGCGGAUGUCGAGCGAUUGAUAGAGGAGCGCGACGCAUUGCGAGAGAGGCUCAAGAUGAUGGCGGAGACGAACACGAGCGAGCAGCUUCGUCUCAAAGAGAGCUUGGUCGAGGCGGAGAAACGCUUGAAGCACGCGGAGAAAGAACGGCAAGAUUUGCUGGUCACUCAGGGAACCAGGAGAGCGGCGAUCAACGGCCUCGAGGAUCAGCUGGAUGACGUGCAGGAGGAGCUGCGCCGCACCAAGCAGGAACUGGUGACGCAGCGGACGCAGUACUUUCAACUACGAACCCUGCAGGAUCAAACGGAUCAAGCGCUCGGAGACGCGCAAGGUCAAUUGUCGCAGGCGGAAUCGGAGCUGAAUAAGGCGAUAGAUCGCAACAGAAGCAUGGAACAGCAACAGACGCACUUGAACGAUCAGAUCAAGGAACUGAAGCAGGAGAUUAAUGCUCUGCGCUCGAGCAUGACGCUCUUGGAUCAGGAGAAGGACCGAUUGCUGAUGGCUUUGGACGAGAAGACGGAAAAGAUUGCCGCGUUGGAGCGAGAACUGGUGCACAAGGACCAACAAACGGAAGGGAUGCAGCAACAGGUCCGCGACUUACAGCAUAAGAACGAAAUAUGCGUCGAUCAGAGCGCGGAGCAGGAGCGGCAGCUGAGGUCUCUGCAGCUGGAGAUGGAGACGAUCCAGCGGCAGUUCGAGGCCGCGUCGAUGGAUCGGGAGAACGCGAUCCAAGAGAACCGGAAACUGCAGGACGACUUGGCCGCCGUGACCUGCGAGGUGCGCAACAUGCAGCGCGAACUGGAGGCCUCGCGGGCCGAGGCGUACGACCUGAAGAGGCAGCUGCAGACCUACGUGAGCGAGGUCCGUCGCGCUGAGGAGCUCCUCAACCGGAAGGAAAAUGAGAGAACGGAAAUGUUGAACCACUUCCGCAGCCUCAGUCUGGAGGCGACCGUCUUGGAGACCAACAAUCACAGUCUGGAAUCUGAAGCGGCGGAGGCCAGGGGCGCCCUGCAAACGGCGAGGCAUCAGAUGCUCGAUCUGGAACGUCAGCUCACGGACAGAGACUGCUUGAUAAAGGGUUACGAGACUCAGAUAAGCAAUCUCACGCAAAGCGUCGCUAAUAUGGAGACGCAACUGCGACAGCAGACCGAACAGAAGCUCCGCGCCGAGUCUGACCUGAUGGCGAUCCGGGACCUGUGUGUGAAACUGGACCAGCAGAAGGACGCGCUUCUUGAGCAACUCGGCGACAAGGAUUCAACGAAAGCGCAUUACGAGGCGCAGCUGUCCAGGCUGAAGGCCGAGCAGAGCGUCGCGGAAGAUCAGAUGACCCGGGAUCGCGUGACGGUGGAGCGGCUGGAGACCCUGCUGGACCAAGCGCGGCAGGAGUCCAUCAACGCGCAGACGACCAAUCAGGAGCUGCAGAACGAGAUCGCCAGGUUGAAGCAGAGGAUCAGCGAGCUUCAGAGUAAACUGUCGUCGGAAUCCAUGGAGCUCAGGCGGUAUCAGACUCAGGCGGCGGAGUACAACAAGCAGAUCAGCGAGCUCCGCAGACAAGUGACCAACGAGAGGUUCGACCGGGCGAGGAAGGAAGAGGAGAGUCGCAGAUACUCCGAGGAGGCGCCGUCCCCGCUUCAGCUGUCCCACGCGAACCUCCCCCCUCGGCCGGACAUGAGCUCCUCCAACGACGAACCAAGUGCCGUCUCCGCGUCCAGAUGCUUGCAGCGAAGCUGCGUGCGGAGUGACGUCAGUGGGACUGACGUGGACACUGCGAGACGCACGAACCGAUUCGACGCCGCGUCGGAUGCCGGGGUUUGCGCGUGCACCGAGCGUGGCCGAGCGUUCGCCGACGCGGCCGACGUGCGUCGCAUCAACAUAAUUAUCCGCCCGGAACUGACGGUAACCGGCGUUGCCGACGAGUCGAGCGGUCGAGAGGACGAGACUCCUCCGGGUAACGAACAGCGAAACGGAGCGGAAGUUGCGGGUUACUUUGAGGAAGCGUCCCAUGGACUCAUCGGGGUACCGUGGAAUACAAAUUUCGGCACGGGAGAAGAAGAUUCGAAGAACCUGUUGACCUCUGAUCCUCUGCGAGCCAAGAAGAUAGAGAUCUUCGAGGAGACCGGCGAAAUAGCUGAAAUAAUGCAAGAUCAAAGUGUUGGGACCGAAUUUACGGAAGAUGUUUCGCCGGAGGCUCGGCCGAAGACGCUGCUGGAGCUGCUGAGAGACGAUCACGCGCGGCCCCGACGAUGCUUCUGCUCUAAGCGUCGCGUCAUCCCUCGUGGCACCGGGAGGAUCAUCGCGGUGAACACGAUGAGAAGGAUACCCGUGUGUCGAAGGCCGAACGUGUACGCGUGCAGGAAGAUCAACGGGAGGAGUAUCGCGAGAUAUCGCGGAACCAACGAUGUCGAAACCGACGAUUUUUGCGACAUAAGCAAGGAUGAGGCUAGUUCUCUCAAUAUGUACAGCGAUUCUUCUGAUUACGAGAUGUCUCUAGCCGAAAAGAGACGGAACGAUCGAGUUGUGCGGACGAUUUCGAGGAGUUACGUCGAGAAAGGAUCAAGCCGUCGGAGAGAUGCGACGGAAAGUAACUCGAACGCUCGGGACGUUCGAGAGGAUUGGACGUACGUGAAGUAUCUGAUAGACGACACGUUGGGAUCGUUGGAAGGCGCGAACGUAUCGGCGGAAGAGAGACGAAGAAUCGGGGAGAGAGAGGAGAAUUGCGACGGCGCACGGCGAUUUUGCCAGCGCAAUUCGCGGAUCUUACGAGGUUCGAAUUUCCACAGGUCUUGAUGGGGAAAGUCAACGAGAAACUCGAGGAAACUCCAUAGCCCAAUAGCAAUACCGACCGAGACCGAGUAAACGUGGUAAACGGAGAAGAUGAUGUCUCGUACAUCUCACGUUGAAUAAGUGGCCUUCGAUGUACGAAAGCGCAAGCUUUCCUGUAAUUGAAGUAAUUUAGUAAAGUAUAUCCCUCGAUAACGUACAAAUGCAGACAUGUAGUAAUUUUAAUUGAUCGUACAUUCGACUGAUAUAUCGCAAUAAAUUCUUUUAUACUCUCUA